AUGCCCUACCCAUAUGUUCUGCAGUGCAGAGAUAGUGCCCCAGAAGAGCUGGUUGCUAGGAAUGACGUAGGCAUCACUGCAGAGGGGGAUGUUACAAGAACUCUCUCCCAAAGCUUCAAGUGUGGCACGCAUGACAUUUUUCUGGCGGCAUGCGAUGGUGAUGUUCCGGCGAUGCGGAUGUUUCUCAAGAUUGGUGUGGACAUCAACAGCAUGGGGCAGCCGAACCCGCAGUAUGGUCCGACGUUCGACCGACGCACACUCUUCCUCGCCCCGCCGCUGUGCUACGCCGCCGGCUACGGGCGGGAAAAGGCCGUCGCCGCGCUGUUGGAGGAUGGUGCAGACCCGCUGAAGACAUCCUCAACUGGCUUCAAAGCGUGGGACUACGCUAGGCACCGCGGCUACACCGCCAUCAUGGAGAUGCUGGAGGUGGCAGAACAGCAGAAGAGGAAGCAGGACCCCAGCAACUAA